AUGGACAAAGAGACGGUACAGCCCAACUCAUGGGUCGCCAUAAAGCUUCCCAACGAGACAUAUAAGGUGCUACAAGUAGUACCAAACACUACCAUUUCCCUGGGCAAGUACGGCUCAUUCCCGACGAAUCUGAUCAUCAAUCGCCCAUUUCACUUUACCUAUGAAGUCCAAGAUAAGCUCGAAGGCGAGACGUUCUCGCGACUUCGCGUUGUUCCUGCUAAGGAGCUCAACGCCGACGACUUGGCCGACGCCAACAAAGAAGCGACAGAACCAGCCGAAGGCGACGAUGUGAUUGCCCCCGCAGACGGAGAGGAGCUUACCCUCGUCGACGAGAGUGGAAAGGUCCUUAUCCGAUCGAAUCGUGAGAUCAUUGACGACUCGGCGCGACAGACGCUCAAGCCUGAGGAGAUCGAGGAGCUUAAGCGCAAGGGCGCAUCCGCUGGCAAGGAGCUGAUCGCCAAGCUACUCCUCUCACAUACGGCGAUUGACCAAAAGACGGCGUACUCUCUGGCCAAAUACAAGCUUCUUAAGACGAAAAAGUACAUUCGACGAUUUACUGUGCUACCUCUGGACGUACCGAUGUUGGCCCAGUGGCUAUUGGAGGAUCGCGAUGCCUCCAAAAUCCUUGAGAUGAGGCAAGAGAUGAUGGCGCUGGUAGGAUGUUGGGCGGAUGUGCACUUUGGAGGUGUUCCCUCUGAAGACACUAGUGCAUCGCAAGGUGGAAGGUGGUUAGUCGUCGACGACACGGGUGGCUUGCUCGUUGCCUCUCUAGCUGAGAGAAUGGACAUCCUCCACCCUAAGCCUGAACCAGAGACAACCGACGAUACCAUUGCUGCAGGUUCUGCCGAGCAAGGCCAACCUCAGACCUCAGAAACUACGAACCCUCCUGAGCAAAAGCAGGAGAGGAAGCGUCACCCUAAACGAAGCGAUUUCAAUGUCCCCUAUGUCAACAAGAACACCCUUACUAUGAUCCACGGCCAGACCCAGCCCAACCUCGCUCUCCUCCGAUACUUCAACUACGACGCUGCCAACGCCAACCCUUCACCCCCUUACCACCCCCUCGAUACCAACCUCAUGGACAUUUCCUGGUUACAGCUCCUGGCCCCUGAGGAAGAUGAUGCUUACAACAACAAGCCCCCUGAGGCCUCCCCCGAAGAGAUCGCUUCUUGGAAGACGAACCGUAGAGGAAACUACCACCGUAAGAGAAGAAGAUGGGCCCGCAUUCGCCAUGUAGUCGACACAACGCGUGCCGGUGGUUUCUCCGGUCUCGCAGUCGCAAGCAGCAUGGACCCAAUCUCUAUUGUUCGCAGCACCGUACCCCUAUUAUCUGGCGGUGCACCCAUCGCCAUUUACUCGCCCACGAUCGAGCCCCUAACAGAAUUAGCCGACUGCUUCAGCGUCUCUCGCAGAGCCGCAUGGGUAUCUUCGCCUCCCCCCGAGGUAGAGUCCAAGACUGCCGAAGAGCUCGAGCGCUGGGAGGGCUCAGAAGAGUUCCCCAUCAACCCCACACUCCUGCUCGGCGUGACGGUCCAGAGCAGCAGAGCGCGACGCUGGCAAGUCCUUCCUGGCAGGACGCAUCCUUUUAUGAUGGGACGAGGCGGUGCGGAUGGGUUCUUGUUCACGGCCUGGAGGGCGGUGCCGGUGGAGGGCAAAAUCGAAGCGAGGGGCAAGUUCAAACGAAGAAAGCUAGAAGCAUCCUGA